AUGUCGACGACGAUCUCAAAGCGCCGCAAGUUUGUGGCCGAUGGUGUCUUCUACGCCGAGCUAUCCGAAUUCUUCACUCGCGAGCUCUCAUCGGAAGGCUACUCUGGCUGUGAGGUCCGAGUGACACGAGCGAGAACAGAGAUCAUCAUCCGUGCCACUCACACGCAAGAAGUGCUCGGCGAGAAGGGCAGAAGGAUCAGAGAACUCACGAGCCUCGUCCAGAAGCGAUUCAAGUUUGGCGAGGGAUCGGUCGAGCUCUACGCGGAGAAAGUACAGAACCGUGGCCUGUCUGCGAUCGCCCAGUGUGAAUCUCUUCGCUACAAGCUCCUCGGUGGUCUCGCCGUUCGUAGAGCUUGCUAUGGUGUCCUGCGAUUCAUCAUGGAAUCUGGCGCAAAGGGUUGCGAGGUCGUCGUGUCCGGCAAAUUGCGUGCUGCCCGUGCAAAGUCGAUGAAGUUCACCGAUGGCUUCAUGAUCCACUCCGGUCAACCCGCAAAGGACUUUAUUGAUCAGGCUGUCCGUCACGUCCUUCUCCGUCAAGGCGUGCUCGGAAUCAAGGUCAAGAUCAUGAAAGGAUGGGAUCCUGAAGGCCGCACCGGCCCAUCCAAGCCUUUGCCCGAUUCAGUGACGAUCAUGGACGCCAAGGAGGAAGCGCCCGUCGGACCACCCUCGUCUGUGGGACGUGGCAUCACUGCCGAUCUUCAGCUACCUCAGCAUGCUACCCAAGUUGGACCUCCCGGCAAUGCCACAGAGACCCAGCUCAGCAUGCCUGCCGGAGCCGGCCAGGACGGCGCUGCUCCUGCUACGGUCUACUAG